AAGAGUAGUACUUAAUAAAGCUGCAAUGAACUAAGAAUAUGUAAUUGAAGAAAAUUAUACUUAAAUUUCUCAUUAAAAAACACCUGAAGAUAUAUCUAUAAUAAAAUAAAAUUUGAAGAAUCAUUUUGUAUUUUCUCAUCUAUAAGAAGAUUAAUUAGAUAAUUUAAUAAGUAAAAUGUUCUAUUGUGAAACUUAAAAAGAUUAAUACUUAAUAAAAGAAGGAGAUUCAGCUUCGACAUUUUUCAUUUUACAAUAAGGAAAAAUUGAGCUAUAAAUUAAAUAAGUACCAAAACGUCAAAUACUACCAGGAGAAGCUUUUGGUGAAUUAGCUUUAUUAUAUAACGCUCCAAGAAGUGCAUCUUGUAAAGCUUUCGAAAAAUGUUUUAUGUGGGCUAUCGACCGUAAUACAUUUUAAUUUAUUGUUUAAGAUAUGAUAAACAAAUAAUAUGAUGAAAAUAGAAAUUUUGUUGAAAAGCAUUAAUUCUUUUAAAAUUUAACAGUAAAUUAGAAAGAUUCAGUAGCAGCUGUUUUAAUGAAUUAACAUUAUUAAAAAGGAGAAUUUAUUGUCCAUGAAAACGACUAGGCAUCUUCAUUUUACUUAAUAAAAAAAGGAGAAGUAAAUGCAAUUAAAGGUGAAUAAUUUGUAAGAACUUUACAAUGUGGUGAUUCUUUUGGAGAAGCAGCUUUAAUACCUGGAAAUCAUACAAGAUUUAUGUCUAUUUAAGCAAAUACUAAUGUUUAAGUAUCUGUUUUAGCAAGAGAUACAUUAAAUAAAAUAUUAGGAGAAAGGGUAGACAUAUUGAUAUAUAAAAAUACUUCUAAAUGGAUAAUAGAAAAAAUGCAAGGUUAUUAGAGUUUAACUAAAUAACAAAAAGAAUUUUUUAUAAACAACUUACAAAUUAUUUAAUAUAAGAAUAACUAAGUAGUUUUGAAUAAAAAUACUUUAAUAAAAUAAUAAAUAAUAAUAGUUUUAGAAGGCCAAAUAAUUAAAAAUAACGAUACUUUUUUACAAAAAGGAUAAUUUAUUGGGGAAAAAGAAGCUUUUUCUUAAGAAAAUAAUGAUAUAUUUGAUGAAGAUCUAGUAAUAAUUGGACCUGAAUGUAAAUUAGGAGUUAUUUAGAUAGAUAAAUUAGAAAAGUAAUUAGGUAAUUUGUACUAAUUGACAUUAAAAAACCAAGAAAAUAGUGUAAAAGAAGUUGAAGAAAAAAAUAGAGAAAAAUGUAUUUUAAAUAGUAUGACUUUGUAAGACUUUGAAGUAGUAAAAAAAUUAGGUUUCGGAUAGUUUGGAAGUGUCUAUUUAGUAAAAAAAGGCGAUAAUUUAUAUUCUAUGAAAUGCAUUUCUAAAGCUUAAGUAUCUAAAGAGAAUUUAUAGAAACAUAUCAUAAAUGAAAAAGUGGUAAUGUAAUUUAACGAUUUUCCAUUUAUUAUGAGAUUUUUACGUUCUUUUAAAGACGAAAGGUGUAUUUAUUUCCUUCUUGAAUAUAUCUAAGGUGUUGAACUUUUUGAUGGAAUUCGAUAAAUUGGACUUUUAGGCACAUAUGAUUCUUAAUUUUACAUUGGAAGUAUUAUUCUUAUGCUUGAAUAUUUGCAUGGAAAUAAUAUUAUUUAUAGAGAUCUUAAACCUGAGAAUAUUAUGGUCGAUAAAUUUGGUUAUCUGAAACUUAUUGAUAUGGGUACUGCUAAAAUUAUGAAAAAAGAAAAUAAUGUUGUUAGAACUUUUACUAUUAUUGGUACUCCACAUUAUAUGGCGCCUGAAGUUAUUUAAGGAAAAGGUUAUAGUUUUUUGGCUGAUUUAUGGUCUGUGGGAAUCAUAUUAUAUGAAUUUAUGUCUGGAUUUGUACCUUAUGCUGAAGAAGCAGAUGAUCCUUAUGAAAUUUAUGAAGAAAUAAUCAGAAAAAAUAUAGAUUUUCCAGAUUAUAUGAAUGAUGAAAUUGCAAAAGAAUUUAUAAAAUAAUUACUUAGUAAAGUCCCUGAAAUCAGAAUUGGUGGAUCUUUCUAAAAUCUUAAAAAUAAUAUUUGGUUUAAAAACUUUGAUUGGCUUGCUUUAUAUGAAAAAAGGUUAAAACCAGCAUAUAUUCCUGUAAUCUAAGAUUUCUAUUUUGAGAAUACUUAUACUAAUAUUAAAAAUAUUGAAGAGGUUGUAAAAGCUGAAGGCAUUUAAUCAGUUUAAAAUGUUAAAUUAAGAGGUAAAAAAUAUGAUCCUACUUGGGAAGAAGCAUUUUGAAAAUAAAAAUAUUCAUUAUGAAGCAUAUUUUUAUUUAUUAAGUUUAUAUUUUUCACCAAAAUUUUUAUUUUU